CUCCUCCUCCUCCUCUCUCUCCUCACCACCAGCCUCCCUCUCUGCUCUCUCUCUCUGCUCUCUCUCUCCCCCUCUCUGCGGCUCUAUCUGCGGGCGCUGCAGUGAAUCUCUCCCCCGCUGUCAGACUCGGUGCAGCCAGACAGCCGGUGGUCGCUACCUGACCGUUAAAAGUCACAAAGCUCGUUGAAAACGUCGUAUUUAUCCGACCGUGUCGACCCGCUAACGGAGCUUUAAAUCACCCUCCUAGCAAGCGCAACAACCCCCCGGCGGCAAAAUGGGAAAUGAAGCCAGUUACGCCCUGGACAUGUGCUCGCACUUUGAUGCUGAUGAGAUUAAGCGGCUAGGAAAGAGAUUUAAGAAACUCGACCUAGAUAACUCCGGCUCUCUGAGUGUGGAGGAGUUCAUGUCCUUACCGGAGCUCCAGCAGAAUCCCCUCGUGCAGCGAGUUAUCGACAUAUUCGACACCGACGGAAAUGGGGAAGUCGACUUUAAAGAGUUUAUUGAGGGAGUCUCCCAGUUCAGCGUCAAAGGCGACAAGGAGCAGAAGUUACGUUUCGCCUUCAGGAUCUAUGACAUGGACAAAGACGGCUACAUAUCCAACGGGGAGCUCUUCCAGGUGCUCAAGAUGAUGGUGGGCAACAACCUGAAGGACACCCAGCUUCAACAGAUCGUCGACAAAACCAUCAUCAACGCAGACAAAGACGGUGAUGGCAGGAUAUCCUUCGAAGAGUUCUGUGCCGUCGUCGGUGGAUUAGACAUUCACAAAAAGAUGGUGGUGGACGUCUGACAACCUUUUUCCCUCCAUUUACUGAAAAUCUGCUUGAAGACGUCGUCCAGCAAAAAAAACGCUCAGUCUGUUUUCAAUGCAAGUGUUUUCUCUGUGAACCCCCACACCCCCUCGUCCUGCCCCCCCCCCCCCCCCCCCCCCCUCCUCCCGAGCCUUCUGAAGCCAAACUUUUACCUAGUAUUAUUGAACAGGGACUCUCAGUGACUCGGCGUCGCACUUUAAAAGUCGACGGACAGCUUUUUUAAACGCAGAGCGACGGUUUGAGUUUGGUGGAGGAAAGCUGUGGUUGAGUGUGUAUGUGUACUGUAAGUUUUACUGGGUUUUCAAGGUAUGUGGGUUUUUUAUAUUUAUUUUGGUGUCAUUGUUUUUUAGUUUUCUUUUUUAGAAACAAAGGAAGUAUCUUACAGAACGUAAAACUUUAGUGGACGAGUGUAGUUCGUUUUGAUGUUACUUGAUUUCAGAACAACACAAAAACAGCAUGAGGUGCCAACAAGAAUUUAUUGACAUGCGUUUGAAUUAAACAGGCUUAAAAGCCGUGUCUUUAUGUUAGAGAUGUAUAACUGUAUUAUUGAAUGCAUUUAUCUUACUGGAGUUUUGCAUCAUUUACACCUAAAGAGCAGCUUUACGCUCGUGUUUGGCUAAAUUCAGUCAGAGAUAACAGACUGGGACCUGCAUGUUUUUAAACGAUGCUCUGUGGCUCUAAUGAACGCCGUCGUUUUUUAACGAACUUUUGUGUUUUUAAGCACCCAGUUGUGAUAACAACAUGAAAGCCGGGGUAGGCAGUUUAGUUCAGACGCAUUUCUUGUAUUAUAUUUGUUGAAAUUCUCUUUAUAUCUUGACGAUACAUCACAUGCUCUGACACAGAAAUGAAAAAUAUCCGUGGCUGUCGCAGGACUGUAAAUAAGCACGGCCAGUCGUUUCAUUUGGUCCGAAUGAAAUGAUUGGCUGACCUGAACAUGUGUUUUUGAGGGAGGCCUGAAGGGAUUUAUUCGGAAGGAUACUUUCAAACAUCCAGCUGUGUCUUGAUAGUUCCUCCAACGUGGGCUCCCCCAGCUUCAAGUACAAGACAAAUUAUGGCAUGUUGACAUGCCGGAAGCUGCAUAAUUCCUGCAGGACACAAACGUAACAUAUUAUCAGGGUCGAGCGCCAACUGUUGAUGUCAGUCAUUCCUGAAAACUGCUUCACGUGCGCAGCUUUACUGCACCCAAUAAUCGGAGUUGUUUCAGUUUGCAUUCAGCCGAGAAAAACUUCUUAAGAAAAGACGCAGAACUUCUGAUUUUUCUCCAAAGUAUUUUACGUUUGCUUAGAUGCUGUAAAGCCAGCGAUCGCUAUAAAAACAUGCAGGACUCGCACACAGAUGCUCUCACUUACAUUUUUUAGGUCUUUAUGAAAUCAGUUAAUAUUCCUGUGUUUCUAAGAUUUAGUAAAAUAGUCUGUGAAAUCAAAAAUAAGCUUCGGCUGCAGGAAACCUGCCGGGCUGCACGGUUCAUUCUCUGACGCGCUGUGAAAGACUUUUCUACCUGAAGCGGGAGACUUGUGACGUGUUUGCAUGACGUGUGAUCUGAUCUCCUCUUUUAUUUUUUCUUCCUCCGCCCGUGGCUGUUUGCAUGUAGAUCAGGUUUUUAUUAAAACUCUAAUUUCUUUCUUUUCUCAAAGCUCGAGUUUACCAGGCUGGUCUCAAAAACAAUUCAGUGAAAUGAGCGAAAUGUCUUGCAGGUGCAAACAAUCAUAAUAUUCUGUGCAUGCUACGUGACACGAAGAGUGUGUGAUUGUAUUUACUGGUUACGUUUGACCACUUGCAUAUUUGAAUUUUUCUACAGUUAUACAAUAAAAUCCACAGUUUUUGGUGCAUGUUUAAUAGUUAGGAAUCAUGGAAAAUAGCUAUUUUCAAUAGAACUUAAACUUAAAGGUUGUUUAUUCAGCUGUAAUAGUUUGGUAUUUUAAAACACGUGACAUGCUGUUAUUUUCACAUUGAUGUCAGAUCGUGUGUUUCAUGGUGACAAUAAGUAAUCUGAACAUUUUUGUCUUUCAUUCAUUUAGCAUUUCAGAGUUUCGGCUCAUUUCAAAGACCGUGUUGUGUUUACAUGUUUAAUAAUGGUGAAAACAUGAACAUUUAAGCACGUGGGUGUUUCCAAUAAAAGGUUUAAACAUAAAAAUGUAUAAAAUUUACUCUACUGAAACUGUAACCAUGAAGCUGUUUUUGUCGCCCGCCACUCGCUUUUUUUUUCUUUUCUUCUUCACUCUGUUUCUUUCGGGUGGUGUUUUUUUGUUAACAGUCGGCGUCGAAGCUUCCUGCUUGUUUGGUUUCAGGUCGGCGCUGAAAUGUCUUCUGGCUGGUUUAAAGGGAUGUUUGUGAGAUGGAGGCCUCGUGGAUUCAGAUUUUUACUCUUGUUUUCAUCUCUGCCGCGUCACUGAAACUUCAUACAUUGGGAAAAAAUGAGAAAUAAACUGUUUGAAAGUUGUUGCA